UUUGUUUUUCGUGUAAACUGCUGCUACUGCAACUUCCCUUCGGGAUGAAUACAUUGUCUUCUUUGGAGUGUGCUGCGGGUUAUAAAUAAAGUUUUUUCUUUACAAAAAAAAAAAGGGUGACGACAAAAUGAGGAAGACGGAUGAAAGAACAGAUCCGCCAUCUUUGUGAGGUCGACAUCUGCAGUGCAGGGGUAAUAUUUUAGAAUGUAUAAAUGAUAUACUGAACCGAAAACUGUAAGUCAACUUGAGUCCAUGACUUUUACACCGAGUUAGCUUGUUACAUGAUGUCACAUUAGCGUGACAACGUUAGCUGGCAGCAGGGAAAGGACGUGUCAGCAGCUGCAUGAUAAUAGCGUGAAGUUACCCAGUAACGUUAUUCCCUGUUUCACUGAAAUAUCUCCAAAGCGAAUGCGCUUGGCGGUAAACUGAUUAACAGUUUUAAAUGCAGUCGUAACGAGGAGACACACCGCUGGAACCGCCGGCGGGCCACAAAAACAGCGUUUCACAUGCUGGACGUAAAACGUUGAUAUAUUGAACGUUAGGUCUAUUUUCUUUCCUAAACAUUUCGCUGGCUAGACACUGUUUGUUUAUGUUUCCCUAAGCGUUACAGCAGCCAAUGCUAUCAACGCUGCCUAUUCUUCUUCUUCUACUCCUUCUUUUACUCCUAGGGAGGUUUUAGCAUGGGUUUUAGGCAGUUGUUAUCCACGGUGUUGCGUUACUGCCACCUUCAGGUUUCAUUCGUCUUUAAAGUCUUUUUGUCGUCCUUAAAAAUCAAAGCCUUCCCUCCCUGGAACACGGUGUCGCCAUCCAGAUAUUCUCCUAACACUGUCCACUCACUGUGUCCUCAUGUCUUGUCCUCCCUGUGUCCACGUCCUGCAUGAUGUCUGGAUAAGCUGGACCCAUGGCAGAGCACACAGACCCUUUGGAUGUUUUCCUGUGAUGAGCAGUGUUCUCAGUCUGCGUAAAUACCUGCUCUCUGCGUUUUGUUCCCCUGCUUCUCAGUUCACCUGCCUUGUUUUGGAUUGAGCGUAAAUGUCUCCCUGUUGUUGUGUUAUGUCAGUCCUGUUGUCACUGAUGCCAAGACAUUGCUCAGCAGGUGGCUGCAAAUCUCGGGACAACCGGCAGACUCGUAAUGCUGGCAUCACUUUUCACAAAUUACCCAAAGGAGCAACUCGGAGGAACCUUUGGAUCACCAACUCCCACCGUGCAGACUACUGGGACCCUCAGACCGACUUUGUCUACUUUUGCUCCAAACACUUCACCCCAGAAAGUUUUGAACUGACUGGAUGCAGCGGGAUCAGAAGACUAAAGGAAGAUGCAUUUCCUACAGUAUUUGAUUCCUCUUCAACUACCAAAUGCAAAAGACCAGGAACACUGCAGAAACGAGAAGACGUUCCUGUCAGGAAGAAUCCCGGCAACCAGGAGAAUCCUCAGCAGGAGAGAGACAUGGGUCAGACUUCAGAAGAACCCACAGUUCAGAGGUCAGUAGCAGCAGCUGGGGAGGCCAAUGAAAACAAACCAGCAUCUUCUCAAGAGCUGCCAGGGGUGGAGCACCUCUCACAGGAAGAACGAAGUCCUUCGCCACCGUCUCAGCCCCUCUCCCCGUCACGUUAUAUGAGGCGCCUGCCCCCUCCUCCAGGCUUCUACCUGUCGAAGGAGCACAGCUAUGCACAGCUCUUCCCCCUGCUGUGGAGGAGACGUUUCGACCAGGCUAUUGACUGCUUGGAGAAGGCCUUGCGACAGCUGCACGCAGCCAGGCGGAGGGAGAACCGCCUGCGAAGCACUGUGCUGAGGCUCCGUGAUAAACGGCUGAAGCAGGCUCUGCUUGUGUCACGAGAUGGUUGUCAAAACAGGGGGAGCUGGACACCCGGGGGGGAGAAGGGACGAGGCAAAGGAGGCUCUAACCAGGAGGAGAGUGAGACUGAUGCUAUAGCUGAGGAUACAGGGGUGUUUGAAGACAGUUGUGUGGAUCAGAUAGAGUUUGAGGGUCAUUUUCUUCAAGACACCAACAGCUGGUCUGAGAAGGAGAAGGGAUACUGCUUUUACUGUGGAAGAGGACAGGUGCAGGUUGGUGGUCAGGUAGCAUGCAGAGUUUCAAAGACUGUCAAAGUAGACCAGCCUGUUAUGCAUGAGGACUCUGUUGAAACCAGUUCUUGUAGCACAGCUGAAAAUGCCAACGACAUACAGAUAGUUAGCUUGGAAAGACGACCUUGGAAAGCUGUAGAAACCAGUGACUCGGAUGCAACAAAGUCUCAAGUCCUGCUCCAAACUGAAGGUCUUCAGCAUGUGAUCCCUGCUGGAGUCACUCUGCCUGUAAUCCAUGAGCAGAGUUUGCAGUUUUUAGGCUCUCAGCAGAAUUUGCUCUCUGACACGUGUGAAGGGGAUAUCGAGGCUGCGGUUCCGGAGCAUCACCCGAACCUGCAGCAGCAGCUGUUUUGGAUCCAGGGCAGUGCUGAGGGACAGGUCAUUCUGGUGCCUGCCUCUGCUGAAGACGGAUUGAAAAACAUUCUCAAGAUGGAGGGAGUUGCUGUCGAAGCACGAACCAUACUGGUGUCACAAGCGGACCUUAAAGGAGACUUGGGACACAUGACAGAAACCAGUGGGGCUCUGUCCAGAGAUGAAGCAGCGUGUGACAGUGAACAUAGUGACCAGCAGUCUGCAAACAACACUGCAUCGGUGAUGAGAGAAAAUGUGAGGGAGAAACUGAAAGAACACCUAGAGGGAUUUCACCUUCAGCUCAGCACUGAGUUUAUAAACUGACAGGAAUUCUGAAUAAAUGCACCAGUCAUUUUGUUAGCCCAGAUUCAAUAACUGAAGGACCAUUGUUUGCGUCAGUCUUUUCUGCUGGAAUAGUUGAAUAUGCUGUGUGUUGUGGAGACCUGAAUGUGACAGCAGAGAAUCAACAGUAGUCAGAUACUGUAAAGAGGCGUUCUGAGUGUUUUUGUGUGCAGACCCGAAAAAACAGUGAAUGCAUCGUACUAAUGAGUCCUGUGUGUAUAUCACAGCCUGAUAUCUCUACGUCCUCUGAGCCAUAGAGCUCCAUUGUUGUCCAAAAACUGCGUAAAACCAUCAGUGAGCCUCACUGCUGCACCGGGUGACAUGUUACUCCAUCAGCAUGAACACACACACCACACGUCCUGCUGUCCCAAAUACUCACUAGAGCGCCACAUGGAUAAAUCCGCCGCUAAAGAUAGUUCCCAACAAAUUCAUUAUUUUCUCCUGUGUGUCAUGUUUGUUCAAAAUGAUAUUGUCCAGCUGUUUCAGGAGACUACUGAGCCUUUGAAAAAGAAUUCAGCUAUAUAUAUUCUGAGGUGUUUUUAAAUGUGCUGGAGGUGAGAAAGUAUUAAGAGACGCAUUAACAGAU